AUGGAGAACACAGACGUCUUCUCGGGACUGCAUGAUUUCCUGGAGAGAAUGCGUGAACCCUCCGCCGGAGAUUUCGUCAAAUCCAUUAAAAGUUUCAUUGUGACGUUCUCGAACAAUGCGCCAGACCCAGAGAAAGAUAGUGACGCAGUUCAGGAGUUCUUUUCAAAGAUGGAAGCUGCUUUCAGAGCUCAUCCGCUUUGGUCCGGUUGUUCUGAGGAGGAGCUAGACACUGCAGGAGAUGGCCUGGAGAAGUAUAUCAUGACAAAGUUAUUCACUCGGGUAUUUGCAUCAAACACCGAGGAUGUUAUAGCUGAUGAGAAACUCUUUCAGAAGAUGUCGUUGGUCCAACAAUUCAUUUCUCCUGAACACUUGGAUAUACAACCAGCUUUUCAAAAUGAAACCUCAUGGCUGUUAGCUCAGAAAGAGCUCCAGAAGAUAAACAUGUACAAAACUCCCCGUGAUAAGCUUAUGUGUAUCCUAAGCUGCUGCAAAGUGAUAACUAACUUGCUGCUAAAUGCUUCACUUGCUUCAAACGAGAAUGCACCUGGAGCGGACGAAUUUCUUCCUGCUCUCAUAUAUAUUACCAUAAAGGCUAACCCUCCGCAAUUUCACUCAAACUUGUUGUAUAUACAAAGAUAUAGGCGUCAAUCUAAACUGGUUGGUGAAGCUUCCUACUUCUUCACAAACAUACUCUCUGCAGCGUCUUUCAUCUCAAAUAUUGACGCCAAAUCCCUUUCGAUGGAUGAAGCUGACUUUGAAAAGAAAAUGGAAUCUGCACGGGCGCGUCUUUCUGUUCUGAGAAGCCAGUCUUAUCAAGCGGAUCUUGGCGCUGCACCACCCCCUCGUGAUGAACACACUUCUCAUAAUCCUCCGAGGGAAAAUACGCUUCUGCAAUCAAAAUCAUCUGAUAGUCUCUCUGGGACCAAUGAAACACAGAAUCCGAAGAGUGAAGUACCGAUAAAGAAAGCUGUAUCCAUCUCGGAUUUGGAGAAUAAAGAUGCUGCCACACUUUUGAAAGAGAGCAGCGAGGCAAGCAAAAUCUUUAAAGAAUAUCCUUACAUAUUUGCUAGUGCUGGUGAUUUAAGGAUAGGAGAUGUUGAAGGCUUGCUAAGUCACUACAAGCAGCUCGUUUUCAAAUAUGUUUGCCUCUCCAAAGGCGUUGGUGAUGCAACAUCUUUAGCUCCAUCUAGUUCACCUUUGGAAGCGUCUAAGGAAUCUGAAGAUCAUACUAGUUUGUCUUCAGACGUGCAGACGAAAACUGAAACUGACAGGAGUGUCGAUGAUCUGAUCCGAGCUCUACAAGGUGGGGGAGACAAUGUUCAUAAGCUUGCAGAUGUAAAACAAGAAGAAUACAGCGAAACUUUUGUACAAGGCAAAGAUGGAGAAAUUGAUCCCAAGGUUCAGGAAGAGGCAGAUACCAAAGACAUUGGUUUGAAGAAACAAAGUGAAGAGAGAGAAGGUGUCACUUCUAGUUCCCAACCUCCAGAAGGUGAAGGUGUUGUUUCGAAAAGUCCAGUUGCAGAAGAUUAG